GCUGCCAUGAGCCUCUGGGUGGACAAGUACCGGCCCUGUUCCUUGGGACGGCUGGACUAUCACAAGGAGCAGGCGGCCCAGCUACGCAACCUGGUGCAGUGCGGUGACUUUCCUCACCUGUUAGUUUAUGGACCAUCAGGCGCUGGGAAAAAGACAAGAAUAAUGUGUAUUCUGCGUGAGCUGUAUGGCGUUGGAGUGGAGAAGCUGAGAAUUGAACAUCAGACCAUCACAACUCCAUCUAAAAAGAAGAUUGAAAUCAGCACCAUUGCAAGUAAUUAUCACCUUGAAGUUAAUCCCAGUGAUGCUGGCAACAGUGACCGGGUGGUGAUUCAAGAGAUGCUGAAAACGGUGGCGCAGUCUCAGCAGCUCGAGACAAGCUCUCAGAGAGACUUCAAAGUGGUUUUGCUGACAGAGGUAGACAAGCUCACCAAAGACGCUCAGCAUGCCUUGCGCCGAACCAUGGAGAAGUACAUGUCCACCUGCAGGUUGAUCUUGUGCUGCAAUUCCACCUCCAAAGUGAUAGCACCCAUUCGUAGUAGGUGCCUGGCGGUCCGUGUGCCCGCGCCCAGCAUUGAAGAUAUUUGCCACGUGCUGUCCGCCGUGUGCAGGAAGGAAGGCCUGACCCUUCCCGCGGAGCUGGCGCGCAGACUGGCGGAGAAGUCCCGUCGCAACCUCCGGAAGGCGCUCCUGAUGUGCGAGGCGUGCCGCGUGCAGCAGUAUCCUUUCACUGCGGACCAGGACAUCCCCGAGACGGACUGGGAGGUGUACCUGAGGGAGGCGGCCAACGCCAUCGUCAGCCAGCAGAGUCCACAGAGGCUCCUGGAAGUUCGCGGAAGACUCUACGAGCUUCUGACUCACUGUAUUCCUCCUGAGAUAAUAAUGAAGGGCCUCCUUUCAGAACUCCUGCACAACUGUGAUGGACAGCUGAAGGGGGAGGUGGCCCAGAUGGCGGCCUUCUAUGAACAUCGCCUGCAGCUGGGCAGCAAAGCCAUCUACCACCUGGAAGCAUUUGUGGCCAAGUUCAUGGCUUUGUAUAAGAAGUUUAUGGAGGACGGCUUGGAAGGCAUGAUGUUCUGACCCCUGUCAGAUGGUCUUGCAGAUACCAGUCUCAGUGUUUACGUGGGGUGUCUCGGAAGCACAGUGGGUGAAAUAAAUGAACUCUGCUUAACCGAUUUUUUGUGUGUGG